UCCCCUGUCACACGUCUCAAAAACUUAUAUAAAAGAGCGCCACAGAGAGGGGCCGAAGUGGGCGCCUUCUUCUUACCAAAAUUUUCUUUGCGCAAAGCUUGCAGCGAGAGAAAUUCAGAGCUAAAAGCCGUUCUUUAAUUUAGCUCGCCCCUCCCUCUUCUUUUCUCUCUCUAACCCAUCCGCUCUCUCUCUCCCUCUCACACACACACACAAAACCAACAAAGCGAGCAGCGAGUGAUCAGGCAAAGCAACCGGCAGGAUAUAAAUUUCAGAAAGGCCUCUGAUCAGUAGCUAGCUCAUGGGCGCCAUUAUGGCCUCCAUAACCAGCGAGCUCCUCUUCUUCCUCCCCUUCAUCCUGCUGGCCCUACUCACCUUCUACACCACCACCGUCGCCAAAUGCCACGGCAGCCACCGGUGGCGCUCAACGAAGAAGAAGCGGCCGAACCUGCCCCCCGGCGCCCCCGGCUGGCCGUUCAUUGGCGAGACCUUCGGCUACCUCCGCCCCCACCCGGCCACCUCCAUCGGCCAGUUCAUGGAGCAGCACGUCGCACGGUACGGGAAGAUAUACCGGUCGAGCCUGUUCGGGGACCGGACGGUGGUGUCGGCGGACGCGGGUCUGAACCGGUACAUCCUGCAGAACGAGGGGCGGCUGUUCGAGUGCAGCUACCCGCGCAGCAUCGGCGGCAUCCUGGGCAAGUGGUCCAUGCUGGUGCUCGUCGGCGACGCCCACCGCGAGAUGCGCGCCAUCUCCCUCAACUUCCUCAGCUCCGUCCGCCUCCGCGCCGUCCUCCUCCCCGAGGUCGAGCGUCACACCCUGCUCGUCCUCCGGUCCUGGCCGCCCUCUUCCUCCGACGCCGCCGCCUUCUCCGCCCAGCACGAAGCCAAGAAGUUCACGUUUAACCUGAUGGCGAAGAACAUAAUGAGCAUGGACCCGGGGGAGGAGGAGACGGAGCAGCUGAGGCGGGAGUACAUCACCUUCAUGAAGGGCGUCGUGUCCGCGCCGCUCAACUUCCCGGGGACGGCCUACUGGAAGGCGCUCAAGUCUCGUGCUGCCAUACUUGGAGUAAUAGAGAGGAAGAUGGAGGAGAGGGUUCAGAAAAUGAACAAGGAGAAUUCAAGUGUAGAGGAAGAUGAUCUUCUUGGAUGGGCCCUGAAGCAAUCCAAUCUCUCGAAAGAACAGAUCCUGGACCUCUUGCUGAGCCUGCUCUUCGCGGGACAUGAGACGUCGUCAAUGGCGCUGGCCCUGGCCAUCUUCUUCCUAGAAGGAUGCCCUAAAGCUGUCCAAGAACUCCGGGAGGAGCAUCUUGAGAUUGCUAGGAGACAAAGGCAAAGAGGGGCAUCCAAAUUGAGCUGGGAAGACUACAAGGAGAUGGUUUUCACACAAUGUGUUGUAAAUGAGACACUACGGCUGGGCAACGUGGUCAGGUUCCUACACCGGAAAGUCAUCCGGGAUGUCCACUACAACGGGUACGACAUACCAAGCGGAUGGAAAAUUCUGCCGAUAUUAGCGGCUGUUCAUCUCGAUUCAUCGUUGUACGAAGACCCCAAUCAUUUCAAUCCUUGGAGAUGGAAGAGCAACACGCCCAGCAGCUUCAUGCCGUACGGCGGCGGCACGCGGCUGUGCGCCGGGUCGGAGCUCGCCAAGCUGGAGAUGGCCGUCUUCUUGCACCACCUGGUGCUCAACUUCCGGUGGGAGCUCGCCGAGCCGGACCAGGCCUUCGUGUAUCCCUUCGUCGACUUCCCCAAGGGCCUACCGAUCAGGGUCCAGAGGAUUGCACCGGAAGAGGAGAAAAUAUUAAUGUAGUGGUCUUGUAUAUCUAGGGAGGAGUACAGAGGAAACGUACGCGUUUCGUUCCUUUUUUUUUGUUGGCGGGAGGGGGGGUGGGGUUCUGUGUUUAUGUAGAAGCGGGAAAGAAGGUAGGAUAUAUAGAUUAAAGAUGGCGGGAAAAUGUUGGGUAUGUUUGUUAGUAGGUGGUAAUAAGGUCGGUUCAUAGCCUGUAUCAAAUAUAAUAAUAGAAAUAUAGGGGAUGACGUCUUAUA